UGGCGGCUUGUGCUGGACGCGCGCGAGCGGACGGGGUAGGCGGCUGUGCGCGCCGGCCCGCAAUCGGUCUCGAACGCUGGAGGGGGGCGCACCUGUGCGGCGUGCGCGCUCGACUGGAAAGCUCGGAGAUACGCCUCCGGCCGCUCUGGAAUCUGGUGACGUCACGGCGGUGCAUCUGGAACGCCGUGAGGGACGGACAGAAACGGCUCAGCUCCGGUGGGAGACGGCAGUUCGGAGUCUCGGCUCGCCCGGACUGCGUGAAUGCGUGUGCGUGCAAAGUGCCGGCGGUAAACUGUGAGGCGUGGCUUCUCAAGUGCUCCUUGGAGCUGGACUGUUGUUUCAAGCUGUGAAUCACUUAGACGCCGCUGGAGACCUGUCGCGGCGGAUUUAGUGCGUACCGGCGCUCGGUAACCUUCAGUGCGGGCUGUUGUUUUUGUCGCCGUAAUAACGGCGCUGCGCGGCACGACCGCCGGGAUCCGGGAUGUCUCCUGUACCAGGCCGAACCGACGAGACGGGUCGGCAGUCUGCAGCCGCCGCCGAGGAGGCCUCGCGUGCCGAGUCGACCUCGGUUAAGGCCACGAACGGACAUGGGACCGCCGACGGACAUGGUACGAAUGGCACCGGUGCAGCUCAGAAAAACGGCGGGGCAGCUGCGGGGACUGGAGCUGAGCGCACGGCAGACCCCACGGCAGGAUCUGCAGCUGAGCCUUCACCGGAGGCUAAAGCCGAAUCGGCGCCUAAGGCUGUAGCUGAAUCAUCGCCGGAGGCUGUGUCCGACCUCGCGUCCGAGUCGACAACGGAGGCCCGAUCAGACCCCGAGGGUUCGUCGUCGCCGGCUGCCGACCGUUCCACAAAGACCGACAACGGUGACCACGGUGACCGGCGGGCUCCGACCCCGGCCGGAGCUUCCCAGAACUCUGCAGAGAACGGCGGGUCGGCCGGUGACGGUGGCUCGGCGGCGUCCCCUGUCGCGGACACUGCACCGGUCGCCGGUCCGCUGACCCCGCCAGACGGCCAAAGCGGAGCCGACAAGACCCCGCCGUCCGAUAGCGGGGGUGGAGAGGACGAGCAGGCGGCGACCGGCACUCAGAAUGGGACGGAAAAGGAAGGAACACAGGACAAUGAGAGAAUCGAGGAGCGUGAUGUUCGCGGAAAAUCAGCAGAAGCUAAUGGAAAUGGAGAAAGUGUUGACGAGAGCGAGUGCUCGACUGCCGCCCAGUCGCUUGAAACCAGCACCGUCCAGCCUUCGAGCGAUACAGAUAAAGGAGGAACUCUUCCCGUGGCGUCGGCGAAGGGGGAGGGACAGACGUCAACAGAUAAUCUUAGCUCUGAUGACAAUCGCGAGCCACUUGAGGCUGCGCGUGAUCGGAGGUCGGUAUCUCCUGCGACGGUGGCCACGCCGCCGGUCGCCGAGGGAGCAGAUAGUGCGCCGACGUCUGCCGAGCCGCCCGCGGUGGUACAGACCAGCGCUGCGUCGCCAGCGGCCGGGAGUCAGCCCAAGUCGCCCCACUCUCCGACCAGCGCCGGAGCGAAGCCUAAGGAGCGUCAGCAGCAGGAGCCGCAGCCGUCCGGGUCCGGAUCGUCGGCCAAGAACGGCAUGACCGAUACACGCUCCAUCUGGGUGGUGGGCUCCGAGGAGCACCUGCCCGGCGCAGUGGGCGGCGAGGAGGCCGGACCGGCCGCCUCCUGGGCCACUGUCCACAGCACUGUCCGUGCCAUCCGCGUGUUCAAACGCGGCGUCAGCAAGCGGCUGCGCCGUCCGCCGUCCCGCGACCAGCCUGCGGCGGAGCCGGCGGGUCGGCCGCCGCGGCCCAGCCGCAGCGCCGACCGCCAGCUCUCGCAGCCGGCCGCCGAGCCGCGCCAGGAGACACCGGCCGCCGGAGGUUUCCUGCGCUCCCUCUCGUUCCGCCGCUCCGCCUCGUGGAGGGGCCCGCUGCGCCGCGCCGACCGCCAGCCGCGCGAUCAGCCGCAGGUGGGUGCCGAAGCGCCCGCUGCUGCCGGUCCGUUCACUCCCUCGGCCGGUCCCUCCGCGGCCGGAGGGGACUUCGCAGACGGCCUGGAGGCAGCCAUGCAGCACACAGACGCCGCCGUGCCGUUCCAGCCUACAGUGGACCGCGCCGCGUUCAGUGACGCGUGCGCCACGUAUGAGCCGCCUCAGAAGCAUGUCGGUCCGGCCGCCGACUUGGCAAGCCGGGACAAGAAGGAAGCGCAGCUGAAGGAGGAGCUGCGCUCCAGCUACUAUCCUCUGGACCACCCCAGUCGACACCAGCUGUGGGCCAACAUAUGUCAGAUGCACGGAGCCACGCUGGGCCAGAACGAGGAAUACGAGAGCACAGUCAGACAGCUGGAGGGAGAGUUAGGCCCGGCGCGGCGCGGACAGCACCAGAUGCCACCGUUCGUCCACUCGUUCUACAUGAACCGCUACGCGCUGUCGGAGCGCGGCGUGUGGUCUGCCGAGCGGGUGAUGGCCGUACUCUACUACAAUAACCCGACCAUCACGUACGCGCCGUCCCUGUACCCGACCUGCUGCCUGCUGCUGCACUACAUGGACGAAGCUGACACAUACAACGCUUUGAGCAUGAUGCUGCGGAACAAGAAACAGGGCUACAUUGUGCAAACGAAACGUGACUUCGAGAUAUCCUGGAAGAUCCUGAUCAAACUCUGUCGAAAACAUGCCAAGACCAGCGUGCACUUUCUGCAGCAGGAGGCGCGCGCCGGGGAGAACGUGGACCACGUGCUGGCCGACUGGCUCGCCUGGCUCUUCUGUUUCCUGCCGUUCGCGCACGCCGUCCGUCUCAUGGACUGCUACCUGAUGGAGGGCGAGAAGGUGUUGUACCGCGCCGCCAUGGCUCUGGUACUCCUGGUGCACAAGAUGGCCUCUAACAACCUGGGCGAGUGGGGCAACUCCUUCAAAGAGAACACCGUGCAGGAGGUCAUGGAGAAGUUCUGUACCAACAUGCAGCUGGGACCAGAGAAGCUGCUGAAGACCAUGUUCGGCAUCCGCGGCUUCAGUCGAGACUCCCUGACUGCUUCCUAUGCCAGGGUGAAGGCGCAGAUCAAGGCAGGAGGUGGCCGGCUCAGCUUCCCCGAGAGGAGGUGCAACCGCACCUUCUCCAAGCAGCAGUCGAACGCCGGCGGACUGGGAAUGCCCAGUGUCAUGUCUCAGGACGAACUGGCUGAGGCUUCCAGCACCAUCGGAGUCAAGGAGCGUUCGGCUAAGUUCCCCCAUCUGAAGAAGCCCGAAUCUACACUCAUGAGUUACGAGGAACUGCUGCGUCUAUGGGAGAACCUGCCGGCGCGCUACGCCCUGUACACUCCUCUGCUUAUCUACACGACCGACGAGCACGGCUUCUCGCUGAAGACGUUCUACCAGAAGGUGGCCACGUUCGAGCCGACGGUGCUGCUGCUGCGCACCACAGAGGGGGCCGUGUUCGGCGCCUACUGCUCCGUCACCUGGAACAUGCGCAAUGAGACGCAGGAGGACGGCACCCGACAGCGCUACUUCGGCACCGGUGAGACGUUCCUGUUCACGCUGCGGCCCCAGCUGAAGGUGUACCCGUGGGUGGGUAAGGUGCGGCAGGCAGAGGACCCCGAGCUGGCCGGUCUCUCUCACUCCGAACAACUCUUCAUGGCUGCCGACAACACCAUGGUAACGAUCGGCGGCGGCGGCGGACAGGCCAUCUGGCUCGACGAGAAUCUAGCCCGCGGCAAGACGGACGCGUGCCAGACGUUCGCCAACCCGCCGCUGACGUCAACUGGCAGUUUUGAGGUGGCCUGCAUGGAGGCUUUCGCCUUCUCUCCUGCCUGAACGGGCGGUGGCUUGGCCGAAUCAGGCCGGGACGGGACGAGAGGGGACCUCCGCUUGCCAUGGAGCAACCAGGUGUGGCAGGGGAGAGAUACGAGAAGUCAGGUUGAGAAGGUAGAGGUCUCUUGUGUUCCGAGCCCGAUGAGAUCCCUUGGCGUUGCGCAUCCCGACUCGGGAAAGCGCAUACUGGUCUUGGUGUCCUUGUCUUUUUCUUUGGGUAGUUUGAGUGAUUCGGUUGUCAGGAUUUAGCCUGAAUCGGCGGCUGGGAGACACUGCAUGAGGACGUGGCUGGGAGAAGAGGGAAUAAGCGUUAUGUUAGAUGUUUAUUAAGAAUUGGAAAUCGUGACUGUGAAUAAUCACAAUCGAAUUUACAAACCUAGACUAGACUGUAGACAUUUACGCGCUAGAUAUGAAUGAUACGUUGUGUAGUUUUAGCGUUGUGACUUGGUCUGUAUUGCCUUGAGUAUUUAUAUCUUUAUAUUAGGAUGUGUUUAAGUGUCCGAAAGUACAUUCCAGGCAUUAUCGUAGGCUGGGACAUCAACAAUGUGUAAUGUGUAGGUUAUCCGCCGCCCAAAAGGCAUGAACCUGAAAUUUUUCCCAAAUAAGUGUCGCGAUAGUUUGUCAUAGCUGAGAUAUUUACUGGAUGGGACGAAAUCGUCACUAUUUGUCCCUGAUCACUGGGGUGUCGCUGAAAUCUAAGCACGUGGCGGCGGAAGGCGGUCAGGGCUCGUCGCCGUAUUGUGACCGUGCGUCCGGGAAAGACUACACCUUCUUGUAGCACCAGUGUCCUUUCGGCCACUGAGUCCCGGUCCGGAACCGAGCAAUAACGUCUGGCUGGAGACGAGUGCAUUCGGAAAGCGAGUGUGUCCCUGUCUUCCGGGGGCCGACGUCCAACGCCCUCCCUGCGACCCGUGAACGCCCUUAAAACCGCCUGUGUGUAGUGCCAUCAGCUUAGUGUGUGUGUUUUUGCCGUGAGUUGUCCUUCAUUGUCUGUAUUUGCUUGUUGAGCUGACGUAACUAUUGUAAUUGUCGCUUCUCGGUGGAUGUCGGUAGUGUUUGUCCAGACUGAGUACCUAACCAUAGUGCAGGGUGUGACCGAUGGGGCGGACGACCCUAAUCAGACCACCAUGGAUAUUAUAGCGCGGCGGCGACUGUGCGCACGGUGUCUGGGUGUGCCCAGACCGGGCUCUGUUGGUUUGGCAGCUAGUGACCCACCCCGGUGGCUGUGAGUCGGAAUGGGAGGGCUGCCGACCGUCUCGGCGCCGUAGUGCAGCCCUCGGGCUUUUGCCGCUUUUUUGACGUGGCCCUGAUCCGAUCUCAUAAGCCGUGUUUUGUUGCGCUGACCUCUGUGGCUCUAGCCGCUCAGCUCUGUCGCCUUCGGGCGACCCCAACGGCACGGGUCUACCCGCUAUUGGCACGCGGGGCGGGGCGGACUUGUGUUCAGUUGACCUUAUUGACCGGUGACCUGUGUACAAACGCAGACUGCAUGAGCUGACCGCUUGUCCUGGUAGCUGUCUGGAAGUCCUGGUGUCAGCCGGGACCCACUAUUCCCAAUACAUACCAAUGUGUGCUUAGUUGUGGACAUGGCCCGUCUUACAUGGUAGUUUUCUGACCGGGAGGGGCAGUCGCCUCAGGCGACGACCCCGGCCGCCGUGUGGUAACAACCGUUACCUGUUACCCUGGGAGACCCCGAUGGCGCUGCACUCUCCUGGUUGUCUAUCCGUCACAAGGGGAACACCGCUGGGCAAGUCUUAGUGUGUCCACUCGGUUAAUUGAGGCGAGCGUCCGCGAUACGGUGUGUGUUUGGGACCCGGAUAGGACGAUGAACUAGUGGACCCGCGUGGACAAUAACCCUGAUCGAGUAAUGGCUUUUAUUGUGCGAUGUCGUGUAACACUACGGGCCAUAUUGUGUUCGUAUUAUUAUUUCGCAGGCUUCUUUUCUGUUGCGGUUUAUUUCCACAAAACUUGACUUUGCUCGAAGACACUUCCAGACUGGUACGCCCAUACAGCUUGAUGUCAAGUGCAAAGUGCUAGUCUAAUAAUCGUGGAAUAAAUACUCAGCAGAAA